AUGUUCGAGGCCAUUUUCCCCUCAACACCCCAAGCCAGGCUGAAGAGAGAUCCACAGGAAUAGCUGGGCCUGUCCUCAUUCAGGUCCACAUUCAGGCAGCAAAGCUCACUUGGUCUUUGCCUCAUGUUACCUAAGAAGGCCAGCCCAUCUGAGAGGCACAGUUUGAUGUCCAGCUCGAUGGCCAGGGGCCUGAUGCUCCUCCAGAACAUGGCCAGCCGGGACGCCCAGUGCCCAGAAUGGAAACUGCACCAAAAGCCACGCACGCUCAGCAAGUCAGUCCAGACCAUCAGCCGCUACUACAGGAAGACGAGUGAACCCAAGGAUGCCACCAGCCUCACCAGCUUCAUGUCCAAAAUGGAGGAACUUCGAAGGGUCUUCCCCAGGCGUCCUGACUGCCCCCAGUUCAGCACCAGGGCCACAUCCAUGUCCCACUGUGGUUCACCCACCGAGGCCGAUUCACCCACCGAGGCCGAUUUGUCCGGGGAGAUUGACAACAGCUCAGAGACCUGGAGGGGCACCCGGGACCUGCUCUUGGCCAGGCAGGGUUCGGAUACGAACCUGGAUGGGCACCUCCUUCCCUUCAGUAAGAGCGCCUGCGAGUUCAAUUACUUGAGGAAGAAGAGCAAACCCCAGACUUUGAGUCCGGUCACCAGCAGCUCAGUCGCAUCCCAGAGCUGCUCCAGAAAGAGGAUGCCCUGGUACCUUUCAGUCAUCCAUGAGAAGGAUCACUGCCUGUCCGAGCUGGAGAUACAGGUUCAGAAGAAAGACGAGGAGAUCCUGCUGCUCCAGGAGGAGAGGGAGGCCCUGAAGACGCAGCUGAAAUGCCUCCUCAAAGGCAAAGGCCAAGAGGCAUCCAUGUCCCCAGGCAGGAGGGAGCGGCUCUCAGAUGCUUCGCUGAAGCUGGGCAGGCUGAGCCUCCUGAAGGCCUUCUCCAGAGAUGAGGAGGAGCUGCAGCACUGGCAGCAGAUGCAGGAGGAGUCUGCAGCACCGGAGAGGGGCAAGGAGCUGGACCUGGGAGGUGGCGAGGAGGACGAGGGCCUGGAAGGGGAGCCCGAGGGGGCGGAGGACACGGGUGCCAGGGGAGGUGUGAGCCAGUUGGGGGCUAUACAUGAGGGACGCAAGGAGGAGGAAGAGGAGGAAGGGGACAGGGAUGAGGACUCCGAGGAAAGGGAGCUGCCAGAGGAAGAGGAGACCCCCAGGAAAAGUGCUUCCUCCCUGGCCGAGUCGUUUGAGGAGGAGCUGCUGACCCAGCUGGAGGAGUACGAGCAGGUCAUCCUGGACUUCCAGUCCAACCUGGAGGCCACCAGGACCAGAUACUCCCUUGCAACAGGAGUGAUUGCGUCUUUACAACAACAACUGGAUUUCCAAGAAUCCCAACUGCGAAAGAUCGAUAGGGAAAAUGAGACGCUGCAGAAGGAGCUUCGAGAGCGGAAGCAGCAGCUACAAGCCAUGACCGACAAGUUCUCCAACCUCCGAGAAGAUAAGAAACACCAAGAGAUGAUGGGGCUCAUUGAGAAGGACAACCAGCUUCUCCGACAGCAAGUGUCGAAACUGGAGAGAAAGCUCACCAAGCGGGACCAUGUCAUCUCUGAGAUGGACACCAAGGUCAGCCAGCUGCAGGAGCAGGUGGAACUGGACCAGAACCACCUGCAGAGGUGGAAGCAGCUGCAGGAGGAUUUGCAGAGCAAGAAGGAGAUGAUUCAGGAGGCAGAGCAGCAGGUCCGCGUGGCCCUGGAAAGCUCCCAGUCCAGGCUCGAGAGGCUAAGGAAUAAGAUCAUCCAGGCCACCUUUAGCAUCUCCGGGACCAAGUCCUUGGCCAACGAGAUAUCUGACAAUGACAUCCUGGAAGCCCUGCAGAGAAUUAUCUCAGAGAGAAGCGACUACUAUAAUCAGCUGAAGCAGAAGGGUAUCAAAGUGCCCCCCCUUCAUCAGUCAGAGGCCUUCCUGCCCAGCAAAACCAAGAAGGGGACCUCCAAGUAG